UUACAACUACAAAUCUUACAAAUACACCAGGUACUAAAAAUACUAGCUUUGACUUUUUUUUUGAGGAGGAAGGAUUAGAGGAAGAAUCUUUAGACUUUGAUAUUGAGGCGGUAAGUAUUACUAUAGAUGAUGAUCUAAUGUUAGAAAAAUUCUUUGACCUUGGUGCUUUUGAACAAAAUCAAGAAAUUGUUGAAGAAAGCUCAUCAAUUACUCUUCUAAACCCUAACG